AAGAGAAGAGAAGAGAAGAGAAGAGAAGAGAAGAGAAGAGACGAGAAGAGAAGAGACGAGAAGAGACGAGAAGAGAAGAGAAGAGAAGAGAAGAGACGAGAAGAGACCAGAGAAGAGAAGAGAAGAGACCAGAGAAGAGAAGAGAAGAGAAGAGAAGAGAAGAGAAGAGACGAGAAGAGAAGAGAAGAGAAGAGAAGAGAAGAGACGAGAAGAGACCAGAAGAGACCAGAGAAGAGACGAGAAGAGAAGAGAAGAGAAGAGAAGAGAAGAGACGAGAAGAGAAGAGAAGAGAAGAGAAGAGAAGAGACGAGAAGAGAAGAGACGAGAAGAGAAGAGACGAGAAGAGAAGAGACGAGAAGAGAAGAGACGAGAAGAGACCAGAAGAGACCAGAGAAGAGACGAGAAGAGAAGAGAAGAGAAGAGAAGAGAAGAGAAGAGAAGAGAAGAGACGAGAAGAGAAGAGAAGAGAAGAGAAGAGAAGAGACGAGAAGAGAAGAGACGAGAAGAGAAGAGACGAGAAGAGAAGAGAAGAGAAGAGAAGAGACGAGACGAGACGAGAAGAGAAGAGAAGAGAAGAGACGAGAAGAGACGAGAAGAGACCAGAAGAGACCAGAGAAGAGACGAGAAGAGAAGAGAAGAGAAGAGAAGAGACGAGAAGAGAAGAGACGAGAAGAGAAGAGACGAGAAGAGAAGAGACGAGAAGAGAAGAGAAGAGACCAGAGAAGAGACGAGAAGAGACCAGAGAAGAGAAGAGAAGAGAAGAGAAGAGAAGAGAAGAGACGAGAAGAGAAGAGACGAGAAGAGAAGAGACGAGAAGAGAAGAGAAGAGAAGAGACGAGAAGAGACGAGAAGAGAAGAGAAGAGACGAGAAGAGACGAGAAGAGAAGAGAAGAGACGAGAAGAGACGAGAAGAGACGAGAAGAGAAGAGAAGAGACGAGAAGAGACCAGAGAAGAGACGAGAAGAGACCAGAGAAGAGACGAGAAGAGACGAGAAGAGAAGAGAAGAGACGAGAAGAGAAGAGAAGAGAAGAGAAGAGAAGAGACGAGAAGAGAAGAGAAGAGAAGAGAAGAGACGAGAAGAGAAGAGAAGAGAAGAGAAGAGAAGAGAAGAGAAGAGAAGAGACGAGAAGAGAAGAGACCAGAGAAGAGACGAGAAGAGACGAGAAGAGACCAGAGAAGAGACGAGAAGAGACCAGAGAAGAGACGAGAAGAGACGAGAAGAGACGAGAAGAGACCAGAGAAGAGACGAGAAGAGACCAGAGAAGAGACGAGACGAGACGAGAAGAGACGAGAAGAGACGAGAAGAGACGAGAAGAGAAGAGACGAGAAGAGAAGAGAAGAGACGAGAAGAGAAGAGACGAGAAGAGAAGAGAAGAGAAGAGAAGAGACGAGAAGAGAAGAGAAGAGAAGAGACGAGAAGAGAAGAGAAGAGAAGAGAAGAGAAGAGACCAGAGAAGAGACGAGAAGAGACCAGAGAAGAGAAGAGAAGAGAAGAGAAGAGACGAGACGAGACGAGACGAGAAGAGAAGAGACGAGAAGAGAAGAGACGAGAAGAGAAGAGAAGAGAAGAGAAGAGAAGAGAAGAGAAGAGAAGAGAAGAGACGAGAAGAGACGAGAAGAGAAGAGAAGAGAAGAGAAGAGACGAGAAGAGAAGAGAAGAGACGAGACGAGACGAGACGAGACGAGACGAGAAGAGAAGGACGAGGGUCUUUUGUGUGAGAAUAAUCCUGAACACAUUGUUGAGUCGAGGCCUGAUGGAAGCAGAGAGAUGGGGAAGGUGUUAGCGUAGCACGUUAGCCUGGGAGCAGUAAGUGAUUCAGUACAGAAAAACCUCCAACAACAGAUUCCCUGGACCUGGGCCUGGACCUGGACCUGGGCCUGGGCCUGGGCCUGGACCCGGGCCUGGGCCUGGACCCGGACCUGGGCCUGGACCUGGGCCUGGACCUGGACCUGGACCUGGGCCUGGAC